AAGGUGUUCCUCUUGCUCUUAAAGUGUUAGGUUCCUAUCUAUUUAAAAGGACAAAAGAAGAUUGGGAAAGUGCUCUAGAAAAUUUGGAAAGAGCUUAUCAUAUGGAUAUCCAUAAAGUAUUAAAAGUAAGUUAUGAUAGGCUAAAUUAUGAACAACAGCAAGUAUUUUUGGAUAUUGCAUGUUUCUUGAAAGGGUGUGAAAGAGAUCUUAUACAAGUACUCUUGGAUCCCCGUGGCAACACCUCACAUCAUAAUAUAAAUGUUCUCAUUGAAAUGAGUCUCAUAACUACCUCAUCCAACAUCAUGACAACCUCACCACCCAACGUCAUAAGUAUAACAAUGCAUGAUCUACUUCAAAAAAUGGGUAGACAAAUCGUUCGCGAAGAAUCAGCUAAUAAUCCUGAGAAACAUAGUAGGUUGUGGGAUCCUGAGGAUAUCUGCUCAGUAUUGAAAAACAAUACGGUGACAGGAACUGUUCGAAGCAUAAGCUUGGAUAUGUCUAAAGCAGGAAAGAUACAUUUAGAACCUGAAGCUUUCAAUGAGAUGCAUAACCUAAGGUUCUUGGAAGCCUACGGCUUCACGCGUGGUGUCAGGGUAUAUGGUUUUGAAGACCUUAAAUCUAAUUUCUCUGAGCUAAGGUACCUUAGUUGGUUUAAUUAUCCUGCCAAAUCAUUGCCACCAAAUUUUGAUCCAGAGAACCUUGUUGCACUCUACAUGACAUAUAGCGAAGUUAAGCGACUUUGGACUUGUGACAAGAAUCUUAACAAUUUGACACAUAUUGACCUCAGUCACUCCCAGAAUCUACUCAAAAUGCCAAAUCUCUCAUUUUGUCCAAAUCUUGAGAGCCUGAUUCUACAAGGUUGUACAAAAUUGUAUGUGGAUUUCUCAUCUAUCCGUGAUCUCAAUAAGCUUGUCCUCUUGAAUCUAAGAGAAUGUAAAAGCUUUCAAAGUCUUCCAAUCAACCCUGGUUGGAGAUCUCUUCGAAAACUUAUUCUCUCCAAGUGUUCAAAUCUCAAAACAGUUCCAUAUAUCCCCGAUACAGUAGAAGAGUUAUUUUUAGAUGGAACUGCAAUAAAAGAAUUGUCGUCAUUAAAGCAUCUUUCCAGCUUAAAAAUAUUGAGUCUUGAAAAUUGCUCAAAGCUAGAGAGUCUCCCAGAGAACAUUGGUGAGUCAGAAAAUCUUCGAAUAGUUAUUCUCUCCAAUUGUUCAAAGAUCAAAACAGUUCCAUGCAUCCCUAGUAGUGUAGAAGAAUUAUAUUUGGAUGGAACUGCAAUCAAAGAAUUGCCGCCAUUAGAGCAUCUGUCUAUGCUAGUAACAUUGAGUCUUAAAAAUUGUUUAAGACUAGAGAGUCUCCCAGAGAGCAUUUGUGAGGUUAAAUCUCUUCAAUGUCUUUAUCUUUCGGGUUCUUCAAAACUUGACAGCUUGCCUAACGGCCUGAAAAAUUUAGAAGCACUGGAGGAACUUGAAGUGGAGGGAAUUGGUAUAAGAGAUAUAUCGUCAUUGACUUUAACAUGUUUGAACAACCUUAAGAUAUUAUCUUUCCAGAGAUGUGGGCUUCAGAAGCCACCGGUUUCCCUACUGUUACAGUUACCGGCCUGCCACAAACUGGAGCAGCUAAAUCUGGAAGACUGUUGUAUUGAAGUGUUACCCGAAAAUUUUAGCGAAUUACGCUCACUGAGAUUUUUGUAUCUUGGCUGAAACAAUUUUGAGAGUCUGCCAGAGGGUAUCAAAGACCUGUCUAAUUUGUGUGAGCUUGAUUUAAGCAAUUGCCAGAGGCUGAAAUCCUUACCGCAAUUUCCAGAUAAGUUACGACGUAUAGAAGUAAA